CAAAAAGUUUUCCUCUGUAUUGUUUAAAAAUAAAUAAAAAGAAAAAUAUAUAAAAUAAAUACAAAAUGGACUUGUACGAUGACAUAGACGCAAAGCCGCGUGCCAGUCAAAUGGACGGAUGGUCGUCGGGCAUCAAAAUGUUGCAAACGCAGUUGGCAGUGAAGAAAGCCCAACUGCCCAAGCCCAAGGCGAGAGAUCCAAUUAAAAAACCGCUCAUGACACCUGUGGUGAAUCUGCGCGCCAAGCGAACCUCAGAUGCCGACAGUUUUGUGCCCGCGACUGUGGCCGUCAAGCCAACAAUAACUAGCAGCACAGUGGCGCCUGCUCCGCCAGUUCUGGAUAGCAUCAAGACGGACGAUUGGGAUUUUGUGGACGAAUACGAUCCGCAGUGGCCGAAUGAAUAUGAGAAGCUGAAAGAUAAAUCGAAAUCCAAUGAUAAGUCACGUAACAGUGGCGGAAGCGCCAGUCGCGGUGAGGAUCGCGAUCGAGACAGAGAUCGAGAUCGGGAUCGCAAGCGCAGUCGUGGUGGCGGACGCCGAGACACGCACAAUCAUGACAACUCCCCGCCAAGCAUGAAAUUUAGUGGAUUUAGCCAGCGGCAAAGUGACGAGGACCGUUACAGUCCGCCAGCGCCGGGCUCAGUGUCCAAACAGGGUGGUGGUGCAGCCAUUGCGCCACCACCAUCUCUGUCCAUCGAUAGUGGCGAUGGCUCCUCGAGUGUAACCAUACCAUAUAGCGCCAGCUCUGUGGCGGCCAAGAUAAUGGCCAAAUACGGCUUUAAGGAUGGCCAAGGCUUGGGCAAAUCAGAGCAGGGCAUGUCUGUAGCUCUGCAAGUGGAGAAAACAUCUAAGCGCGGCGGUCGUAUCAUACACGAAAAGGAUGUAUUCCUACCGCCACCGCCGUCAGCCUCACCACCUCUGCCCCAACUGCCUGCUGUGAGCGCAUCGCCAUCAGUUUCGAGUCCAAGUCCUGCUGCUGCACCAGCUGGCUCGAUGCCACCACCAGCAUUGCCAGGCGUUGUUCCGUCAGCACCUGCUCCGGCAGCCGCCAGUGAGCCAGAGCCUAGCAUAACCGAAAUCAUGAAGGCGCCUAGUAAAGUGGUGCUCCUUCGCAACAUGGUAGGACCGGGCGACGUGGACGAGGAGCUCGAACCCGAGGUCAAGGAUGAAUGCAACACAAAGUAUGGGGAAGUGAACAGUGUUAUCAUACAUGAAGCCUUUGGUACGGUGCCGGAGGAUGCGGUCAAAAUAUUUGUGGAGUUCAAACGUAUUGAGAGCGCCAUCAAAGCUGUUGUGGAUUUGAAUGGACGAUUUUUUGGCGGACGUCAAGUGCGUGCUGGAUUUUACAACUUUGAUAAGUUUAAGAGUUUUCAAUUGAAUUAAGUCAAUAAAAAUAAUUUGAUAU